GCCUCCACGUUGCUGGAGUACUUCCGGCACAGUAGCAGCGGCGAGUCGGCGUCGGUGAUUGCGGUGAUGUUCUAAUCAUGUCGGAUAAAGAUGAUAGUGAGAUUCCAGUGAUAACGGAAGCAACCUCUGUCCUUGAAGGUGCAAACUGUGAGCCACCUGAGAAUUCUGAGUCUGUUGACCGAAGUACUGAGACAGAGAAUAAAUCAGAACCUGUAGUUUCCACUCGAAAAAGACCAGAGUCUAAACCUGCCAGUGACAUUGGGACUGCAGAAGUUUUUCCUGUUCAGGAGUCUGAAUCCAAAGAUGUCCCCCAGAGUGGAUGGGGCUACUGGGGCAGCUGGGGCAAGUCCUUACUCUCCUCAGCCUCAGCUACAGUAGCCACAGUAGGACAAGGUAUUUCAAAUGUUAUUGAAAAGGCAGAGACAUCCCUUGGAAUUCCUAGUCCCAGUGAAAUGUCACCUGAGGCCAAAUAUGCAGCAGGAGAAACCAAUGCCAAAGAGAAUGAAAAUUCUUUCCCAAUGGCUGGGCCCUUUGGUGUAUUCUCAACCAUCUCUACUGCUGUUCAGAGCACAGGAAAGACUGUUAUCACUGGUGGUUUAGAUGCCUUGGAAUUCAUUGGGAAAAAGACAAUGGAUGUAAUAGCAGAAGGGGAUCCUGGAUUUAAACGAACCAAGCGUCUGAUGAACCGGAAUUCUACACUGUCUCAGGUUUUACGAGAGGCGAAGGAGAAAGAAGAGUUAUGGACCUACAAUGAGGUUACCAUGGAGACAGAUAAGAAAACUCAUUAUGGGCUACUCUUUGAUGAGUUUCAAGGCCUUUCACAUCUAGAAGCUCUGGAGAUGCUAUCCCGAGAAAGUGAAAUAAAGGUAAAAUCUAUCCUCAGUUCUCUGAGUGGAGAAGAAUUAGAGACUCUUAAGCUUGAAUUAGAGCAACUCAAAGAAGCAUUUUCCCUUGCAGAGUUUUGUGACGAAGAGGAAGAAGAGAAAAAAGGGGAUGAAGAUUUUACCAAAGAGAUAACAGAGCUGUUUUCCCAGCUGCAUGUCUCCUCCAAACCAGAGAAACUUACCAGGGCAAGGAAUACUGCCCACGAAUGGAUUAGUACUUCUCUCACCAAGCCGUUAGCAGAAAAAGAAGAAGAAGAAGGAAAAAAGCUGGAAGCAGAAACUCCUGAGCAACUUAACAAAAAUUCAGUAGAGGAUAUCCAUGCAUUUGCAAUCCGGAGCCUAGCUGAACUGACUGCCUGCUCAAUUGAACUAUUCCACAAAACAGCAGCUUUAGUCCUACAUAGCCAGAAGCAGGAAGUGACAGCCAUAGAAAGGAGCCGAACGCUUUCCCAGAUGACAGUUGCAUUGUGUAACGAGUUGUCUUCUCUGUCUAAAGAGUUUACCACCUGCCUUACAACUGCUGGGGUCAAAGAAAAGGCUGAUGUCCUUAACCCAUUAAUCACUGCGGUGUUUCUGGAGGCAUCAAACAGUGCCUCCUACAUCCAAGAUGCCUUUCAGCUCCUCUUACCUGUGCUGGAGAUCUCUCUUAUUGAGAACAAGACUGGCUCACACAGGCAGGAGCUGCAAGUCCAGACGCCUUUGUCAGAACACUGAAGAACAGAGAAUAUUUGACCUGGAAUUUGUGAUGGCCAAAGAAUGCCACUGUCUUCAGGCUAUCCCUGCAGAAAUAAAGGAGAAGGGUUAUUUUGCAGGUUUAAAGAGGAAGUUUGCCACUUCACUUGGCUGAAAUAUUCAAGCCCUCAUACUACUGUUCAUAGUUAUAAUAAAUUAUUUGAAAAGAAACUUUUUAAGAAAGUCCAAGAAAAAUAGCUCUAGAUAAAGAUUAGGCAAAAAUAUUGGCCUUUAUUUAACGUAUCUCAAAAACACUAAAAAUUUUGUCAUGGAUGUCAUUUGUAACCUGUGAGUAUAACGGGUUGUGAAGCAAGAGGAAAUAACUUCAUUUGUCAUUCUAGAAUUCACAACUUGCUUGGUUUAUUAAUGCCACAUAUUCUUUCUAGAAUAAUGACUUUAAGAAAAGUGUAUAUAAACGGUAAUGAUAAUCCUUUAUCAUGUGAAUUCUCGGAAAUGGCUAAGAAGUUUCAUCUGCUUUUUAAUUCUCAGUAGAUAUUUAGCAUUGAAGAGAAACUUACAAAAAACUGUAUUUGUAGCCAAACGCCCUCUGGCUUCAAAUUCUUCCCUAACCUAGGAAGAUAAGCUUCAAGUUGUUACUGACCCCUGCUCAGCUGAAUUUAAGACAGUGCAAUUUGGAGAAACAGUUUUGUGUAUGUAGAUAUCUAAGUCUCCAGGAUGUUUUCCAUGGAUACCCUAAAUGCAGGAUAAAUUCUUUAGCAACCAUCUUCAAAGGAGUGCUGAAACUCUUUUAGUCAUGGGGUUUUUGUUCGGAUGUUACUGAACUGAACUGUAGAGCCCCAUGGAAAUGAUGUUCAUUUAUAAUAGGAUUUCACCUCUAAGAACGAUAUAUUUUUCCUCAUUUUUUUGUUUGUAUUAAUGUAUUCUUCAGCAUGCUUUUAAAUACAACUUUCAUCUUCUAGAUCUUAAGCCUUCUUUUGCUCCCUUCAGCAACUUAAGAGACUGUUAACGUAUCAUCUUCCUAUUUUGGUAUCUCCUUUUUAAAAAGUUCUCUAACUUUGUGGUUUUUAA